AUGACUUAUCAGAAUACUUUGAACCUCAUCUCUCAUCAUAGGAAAACCAUCCCCAACUACAAGUGUGGUGUUGAGAAGAACCUGAUAGCUGCCAUUGGGGGCCUUGACUCUGAAACUUCAAGCCACAUGGCCUCCAUCUUGGACCUUUAUAAGAUUCUACAGAUCACCUAUUCUUCAUUUACUCCAUCAGUGAGUGAGAAAGACCAUAUUUCUUCCUUGUACCAAAUGGCCCCCAGCGAAGCACAUCAAUACACAGGCAUUGUUCAGCUUCUUCUCUAUUUCCAUUGGAAGUGGGUUGGGAUAUUUGUCACAGCUGAUGAUAAAGGAGAAAUGUUUGUGAAAAGGUUGACACGCCAGCUUUCCCGGAAUGGCAUCUGUAUAGCUGUCACUGAGAGAGUGGUAACCCACAAGGGUUUUGGCGGUUCUGGGCUGAUAGAGAAAUAUCAGAAUAUGGCCGAGUCCCUAAGCAAAACAAACGUCAAUGUAUUUGUUGUCAAUGCAGACAAAAACACUAAGACAGAAUUGCAAUGGCUGCUACUAGUGGGCAUAAUGUUGAGUCUUCAACCUUUCCUGAGGAAUAUCUUGUUUAACAACAGUGCAGGGGACACUGUCUUUUUUAAUGAGAAACGUGAGCUAGAAGGUGGAUUUGAUAUUAUCAACUGGGUGACUUUCCCCAAUAAGUCCUUCUUAAGAGUGAAAGUUGGGGAAAUGGAUCCCCAAGCUUCACUGGGCAGUGAUUUCUCCAUUGAUGAAAAGAUCAUUACAUGGCACCAGAGUUUUAACCAGGUGGUGCCCCUUGCCUUGUGUAAUGACCACUGCCAUCCAGGUUACAGCAGACAAAGGAAAGAAGGGGAACCAUUUUGCUGCUAUGAUUGUACUCCAUGUCCAGAAGGGAAGAUUUCCAACCAGACAGAUUUGGAUGAUUGCUUCCAGUGCCAAGAUGAUCGGUAUCCUAAUCAAGAGAGAAACCAAUGCAUUACCAAGAAAGAAAACUUCUUAUCUUAUGAAGCACCUUUAGGCAUCAGUUUGGCUCUUUUGGCUCUGGCUUUUUCUGCAACUACAGCUUUGGUGUUUGGAAUCUUCAUCAAACAUCAAAAGACUCCUAUUGUCAAAGCCAACAACCGGAAUCUCACAUACACCCUGCUCAUCUCCCUCCUGCUCUGCUUCCUCUGCUCCUUGCUAUUCAUUGGCCGCCCCCAGUUACUGACCUGCAAUCUACGACAAAUUGCUUUUGGUAUCAUCUUCUCAGUGGCUGUUUCUUCUGUUUUGGCUAAAACCCUCACUGUGGUUCUGGCUUUCAUGGCCACCAAACCAGGAUCCAAGAUGAGGAAAUGGGUGGGGAAAAGAUUUUCAACCUCUAUUGUUCUUGGUUGUGCUUUUGUCCAGGCAAGUAUUUGUAUAGUAUGGCUCUGUACUGAUCCUCCUUUUCCAGAUGUGGACAUGCACUCUCUGCCAAAAGAAAUCAUAGUGGAAUGCAAUGAAGGUUCAGCCAACAUCUUCUAUUAUGUUCUUGGUUACAUGGGUUUACUGGCUCUUGUCAGCUUCAUUGUGGCUUUCUUUGCUCGGAAGCUGCCAGACACUUUUAAUGAAGCCAAAUUUAUCACUUUCAGCAUGUUGGUGUUUUGCAGUGUGUGGCUUUCUUUUGUUCCAACCUACUUAAGCACCAAAGGGAAGUACAUGGUGGCUGUGGAGAUCUUCUCCAUCUUGGCCUCCAGUGCUGGGAUCUUGAGUUGUAUCUUCUCCCCCAAAUGCUUUAUUAUUAUCUUCAAGCCUGAACUCAAUUCGAAAGAGCAGCUAAAAAAGAGAAAUAAGUAG